AUGUCAAGUGCAGCGAUCUCCAGGCCCCAUGCAGCGAUCCUUUCCUACCCUGCGGCAGGCCAAGUGAACCCAAUGCUGGACUUGGCCAAGCUGCUGCACUCCCAGGGCUUCCGCGUCACCUUCAUCAACACAGAGUUCGCCCACCACCGGCCGCUCGAGAAUGGAGGACGCCAUGCGCUGCUCGCCUCCGAGUCCUUCCGAUUCGAAGCCAUUCCGGUUGGCCACGCAUCAUCUGCCUCCGACUCCUUUGACGUCAAAGAGUUGGAGUCGUCGGUGAGAGAAACUGGCGCUGCCCCCAUCGGAGAGCUCCUGCAGAAACUCAGCAGUUCCAUGGAUGCUCCCCCUAUCACUUGCGUCAUAUCUAACUUCCUGAUGACCUUCGCGGUGGACGCGGAGAGGCUGGGCGUUCCUCAUCUGGUGUUCUGGACUACGAGUGCUUGCAGUCUCCUCGGUUCCCUUCAACUUCAGGAGCUCAUUCAGAGAGGAUACACACCACUUAAAGAUCACAACUGCAUCACGAAUGGAUACCUGGACACCACCAUAGAUUGGAUUCCUGGCAUGAGAGAGAUGCGUCUGAGGGACCUUUCCAGUUUCAUCAGAACAACAGAUCUCGAUGACUACUUCCUCAAGAAUGAGAUGGAAGGAGUUGACUGCGCAUUGAAAGCUUCUGGUUUGAUACUCAACACAUUUGAUCACAUGGAAAGCCAGGUCCUGGAUGUUCUUAAAAGUUCCUUUCAUCGGAUAUACACAGUGGGGCCUGUUCUUGGGCUACUGAACCAGAUCAAAGGAAAUCCCGAAAACUCACUGCGGUUAAGCCUUUGGGAAGAAGAUCAUGGAUGGAAGGAAUGGCUGAACGCUCAAAAGGAUGCUUCAGUUAUCUAUGUCAGCUUUGGAAGCCUCACAACCUUGACAAGCGAACAAUUAACAGAGUUUGCAUGGGGACUUGCUGACAGCAACCAUCCCUUCAUGUGGAUCAUUAGGCCCAAUCUUCUCAAAGGUAGUAGCGAUGCUGCAUUGCCUGAAGAAUUCAUUGAAGAAACUAAAGGGAGGAGCUUCUUUGCCGGUUGGUGCCAUCAAAGUGAAGUGCUUUCUCAUCCUUCAAUAGGUGGCUUUCUUACGCACGGUGGUUGGAACUCGAUGUUGGAGAGUCUCUGUGGUGGAGUGCCAAUAAUUUGCUGGCCUGGAUUUGCUGACCAGUAUACGAAUUGCCGAUAUGCUUGUAAGGAAUGGCGAAUAGGAAUGGAAAUCGACCAACAAGUGAAGAGAGAACAUAUUAAGGACCUCGUUGUGGAAUUAAUGGAAGGGGAGAGAGGGCAGCAGAUAAGGAAGAAUGUUAUGAAGUGGAAGAAGUUGACAGAGCAAGCCACUGCACAAGGGGGGUCUUCAUAUACUAACUUGGAGAGAUUAGUCAAGGACAUGAAUGAGACAAUAGAAAAGAACUCGAUUCAUGACAAUUGA